AUUCCUCCGCGCUGACGCGGCCGCCGCCAGUGGAUGGCGCCGGCCACCUGCCCCUGAUCGCCUCCGGAGCCCCUGCGUCCCAGCGGAGCGGAGCGACCAUGGCUCCUCCCCAGGGCCCCCAAGCCCCGCAGGAAUUCGGGGGCCCCCUGGGCGCGGCGGCGCUGCUGCUGCUGCUGCCGGCCACCAUGUUCCACCUGCUCCUGGCGGCCCGCUCGGGCCCGGCGCGCCUCCUGGGCCUGCCCCCGAGCCUGCCGGCGCCGGCCGAGCUGUGGAGCCCGCGGGCGCUGCUGCUGCUGCUCGCCUGGCUCGGCCUGCAGGCCGCGCUCUACCUGCUGCCGGCGCGCCAGGUGGCCACGGGGCUGGAACUGAAGGACCGGAGGCGCCUGCUCUACCCCAUUAACGGCUUCCAGGCGCUGGUGCUGACAGCCCUGCUGGUUGCUGUGGGGGUGUUACUGGGGCUGCCCCUGGGGGCACUCACAGAAAUGCUCCUGCCCUUGGCGUCUGCGGCCACCCUCAUGGCCUUCAUCUUCAGCCUCCUCCUCUAUUUGAAGGCCCUGGUGGCCCCUGCCUCGGCCCUGGCACCUGGGGGAAACACAGGCAACCUGAUUUACGACUUUUUCCUGGGACGGGAGCUCAACCCUCGAAUCUGUUCCUUUGACUUCAAAUAUUUCUGCGAGCUGCGGCCUGGCCUCAUGGCCUGGGUCCUCAUCAACCUGGCCCUGCUGCUGAGGGAGGCGGAGCUGCGUGGGAGCCCUUCGCUAGCCAUGUGGCUAGUCAAUGGUUUCCAGUUGCUGUAUGUGGCUGAUGCCCUCUGGUAUGAGGAGGCCGUCCUCACCACCAUGGACAUCACACACGAUGGGUUUGGCUUCAUGCUGGCCUUUGGGGACCUAGUCUGGGUACCUUUCACCUACAGCCUGCAGGCCCAGUUCUUGCUGUACCACCCACAGGCCCUGGGGUUGCCCAUGGCCUUGGUCAUCUGCUUCAUCAAUGCUGUUGGUUACUUCAUCUUCCGGAGGGCCAAUUCUCAGAAAAACACUUUCCGCAAGAAUCCUUCUGAUCCUAGUGUGGCUGGCCUUGAGACCAUCCCUACAGCCACAGGAAGGAAACUGCUGGUGUCUGGGUGGUGGGGUAUGGUGCGCCACCCCAAUUAUCUUGGAGACCUCAUCAUGUCUCUGGCCUGGUCCUUGCCCUGUGGGGUGUCCCACUUGCUGCCCUACUUCUACAUCCUCUACUUCACCGCACUGCUGGUGCACCGGGAGGCCCGGGAUGAGCAGCAGUGCCUGCGGAAGUACGGUCGAGCUUGGCAGGAGUACUGCCAGCGAGUGCCUUACCGCAUUGUGCCCUACGUCUACUGAAGGAGUUCGGCUGUCCACCAGUGCACCUGCUCCCAGGAUGCAGGGCUUAAGGGCCUGCACCCAACCUGGUCUUGAGCCGUACCAGGCAGCUCAAGGGAGCCUAGCCUGAGAAGAGAUGGCUUUGGAGCAAGAAGAUGAAGGCAGUGCCCACAGAAACGCUUCCCAGUUUGAGAUAAAUGUCUGGAACCC